CGCAACAGUGGGAGCAAGUAUGAGAAGAUAGGGCAACUGAAUUACGCGGAGUGCCAGUACACGGAGUUCCUCAAGGAGUCCGUGGAGAAUCAUGUGGGCAGCUUCGAUCUUUUCCUGGAUCACAUCAUCCCGGAGAUGCCGAGCGAGAUCAUCCCACUGGAGAUCCCGCUGGCACUCGAGGGUUUGGAGCUCGGAGGCUCGUCCUCGUCGAAGCCCGGGUCUGGCAGUGGCGCACUGGGUUUGCGGAUCGGAGUGGACAAAAUUCACAUCGAGAAGCCUGUGAAAAAAGAUGCCAACAUGCUGCCAGCGAAAGGCGUGAAGCAUAUCUUGCCGUCCGACUGUCGAGAGGGGCAUUUUACCUAUGGCGGCAAGCUCAGCGUCACGUUUUACACUCAGAAAGUGAACGAGGAGGGCAAAAACUUCUUCACCGUAGACAUGGGAAACAUCCCGGUCAUGGUGGGAUCGAAAGUGUGCCAUUUGUCUGGCUUGUCCCCAAAAGACCUGGUCCGAGCGCGCGAGGACGAAACGGAACGAGGUGGGUAUUUCAUCAUGAAUGGUAACGAGCGUGUGAUCCGUCUUCUCAUCAUGCCGAAAGCCAACCAGCUACUCGCCAUUGACCGAUCUUCCUUCACCAAUCGUGGUGAUCUCUACACGAAACAUGCCGUGCAGGUACUGCUAACUACUUUAUUUACAGACGGACCACGUCGUUCAAUUUCAAGCAACAGAGAUGAAGUUGAUCAGGCGUUUUUGACACCUGAUUGCGGCGUUCUCCCAUUCAACUCUUGCUUCACUUUCACUAUUCUUGUCCCUUAGUACUGUGUGAUACCUAGGGUUGAAAAGUUAGUAUACUAUGUUUCAAAAUGAAAUCUUCAGAAUGAAUCCAACAUUUUCAUUUUUCCAGGUUCGUUGCAUGCGUCGUGACAUGACCACACUGACGAACACGCUACAUUAUUGCCGCGAUGGUAGUUGCUUCUUUCGCUUCAGUCAUGAUAAGAACGAGUAUUUGAUUCCGAUGCUGGUGAUCGCCUACGCAGUCGCUCCCCACUACAUGACGGAUAUGCUUCUGGCCCGCGCUUUGUGCGGAGGCGAUCCCGAUGAUAACUUUUCUUCCGAACGAGUGCAGGUCAUGUUCCAGACGAUGAUCGCGUCGGACUUCCCAGUUCACAGCAAGCUGGAAGCUUUGCAGUAUCUCGGAGACCAGUUUCGACGGUCUUUGCAAGAACCCGACUACUUGACCGAUGUGGAAGUGGGUCUCCGCAUGUGCCGACGCUUCUUCCUGGUGCACAGCACGGCCUUCGAGGACAAAUUCUCCUUCUUCUGCCUCAUGUUCCAGAAGCUCAUGAAACUGGUACUUCUUGCAACAACUUUCUAAAUCCAUGAAGUUCUUGAGGACUGAUUUUCAUUUUGAUUUGUGAUAUUAUAAACAAGAUUCUGUCACUGAUACUUCAGAUUGUUGUAUGUAGUUUUCGUCUUAAAAAAUUUUUUGGCAAGAAUGAAUUUUGAAUGAAAAUGAAUUUGCAUUCAUCAUCAUGGCACCCAAAAAUACCAGGCUGCCGGCAAGAUUGUUCCAGAGAACUGCGAUGCUUUGUCGACGCAAGAGGCUCUGCUUCCCGGCCAGCUCUACGGCGCUGUCCUCAAAGAAGCAAUUGAGGCGAAUCUUAUCAAAGCGAAAGGCGUCCUCUUGAAAAAGCUCCGUUACGGCGACGAUUUAUUCGAUGUGGACACGGUCGAGCGCGUCUUCUGGGCAGUGAAAGACAUUGACCACGCCAUGAACUACUUUCUCGCAACCGGAACAAUUAAAUCCCGAUCCGGUUUGGAUUUGAUGCAGGUACAACAAUAACAACUUUUAAUAUUCUUGAAGCUACUCAAACUCACUAGGUUUUAUUGUAAAAAGUAAUUUGAUGCUUGUUGACUUGUUUUUUUGGUAUGCUAACAUCGAUUUCGGCAUCAACCGUGAUCAUUGAAUCUGCGUUAUUUUCCUGCAGGUUACCGGUUUCACGAUUGUGGCGGACAAGUUGAAUGCUGUACGUUAUUUGUCGCAUUUUCGCGCGAUCCACAGAGGUCAGUUUUUCAUGGAGAUGAAGACCACAGCGGUUCGAAAGCUGCUACCCGACAGUUGGGGUUUUCUCUGUCCUGUGCACACCCCUGAUGGUGGCCCCUGUGGUUUGUUGAAUCACUUGGCGCAGAACUGUCAGAUUGCUCUCACAUCGCCAGCGCACACGGAACGCGCAUGCGAAAGCGUGCGCAAGUUCCUUUUGCAAUUGGGUCUGCUGGCUUUCAGCGGCGACGAGCAGGUGGGAUCGGCGAUUGCGGGUGCCAGUUUGGGUCCCGGCGAGCGGUACUUGGCUGGCGGUCUGGACGUGUCGCGACACUAUCCGGUCGUUCUGGAAGGACGAGUGCUAGGUUACGUCCGUGACGAAGACGCGGACCUGGUGGUUGCGCUUUUGCGCCGCGCCAAGACCAUGAGUGGCGAGAAUAGGCGCGCAACUCAGCGACUGUGGAAAAAGCUAAUGACACAGCCGGUCAAACCGCACGAACUUCGCAAAUCCGCGGUUAGCAUGGAACCGGAAGGCGAGGAGAGUGGCGUGAUCGGCGAAGAUACGGGUCCAAAGAAGCGUGCCCGAAAAGCAGACAAGAAAAACAGCGACACGACUAAGAGUUCAUCAACGUCUAUUUCGAAGAGCGAGUCUGCCGAUAGCGAAAACGAUGCUAGUAAGGAGAAAACCGCAGCCGAAGAGGCGGAUCGUGCCUUGACACACGCGUUCUGCUCUGUCAACACAGGGCCCGAAUUGCUUCGCGAGGCCGAGGAAGAAAACUGCCGUUUAUUAGGUGAGGGUCAUGAGCAGAUGUUCCAACUCGUUCCUUACAACCUGGAGGUUGGCUUCGUCGAGCGGUCGUGGGGCCGCAUCUUUCCCGGCAUCUUCCUUUUUGUUGGUCCAUGCCGAUUCACGCGACCAGUGAAAUGCCUACGCAGCAACCAGCUGGAACACAUUGGACCAUUCGAACAGCUGUUUAUGAAAAUCGCAGUCAGUGAAUCCGAGCUCAUUUGGGCGCGCAAAGUUCUACGAGCCGAUAUCCAGGAGUACUUCAGGCAGAUGCAUGUAAACGUUGCAUCCGACAAAGCUCUCAAAGCCGACGAAGAGACUGGGAAGAAGUCCUCAGCGUCCGCGACGCAAAUCGCGAACGAGCUUGCGCAUCGAAAACAAAGUUCUGCAUCUGCAGGAGGUGAGUUACAAGGGCGGGAAGGGAAUCUGAGUGUAGCAGGCCAGCUCAGUUUGCAACAGGAGAUGGAGGCAAUGACUUACACUCACAGAGAGAUCGAUCCGAUCAAGAUGCUCUCUAUCAUCGCCUCGCUUACGCCCUUCCAGAACCACAACCAGUCUCCGCGUUGCAUGUACCUACAUACUGAAUUAGUUAUGUCAUAGGUCAGCAUUAGUUAUAAUGUUAUAGGUCAGCAGUCAGUGGCCACUGAUUCUGAAGAACGGAAGAGACCAUCUUCAAAGCUCUCCCCUUUUCCCUUCAUUUUCCCCUGCUCUCUUAGGAGAGCCCCUCUGCGAUCUCAGUGACCAUCAACCCCUAUGACCAAUUAAAGUUGAGCCUCGGUUAUGGUUUGGGAGUCAUGAUCUUUUGUAUCAGCAUCUGCGCAACCAUUGUCUCAUCGCGUUACGGGUCAGUAGGAACUAUCUGAAUUUUCUAUUUGGUGUUGUUUUUGAAUUCCAACCAUCAAUCCUUUUUUCCACUCCAGGUACCAGUGUCAGAUGUUGAAACAGACUAUGGGAACGCCAUACUUAAAUCACUCGAGGAGAACAGAUAACAAGGUUUACAAAAUCCAGUUUCCGCAGAGGCCGAUGGUUCGGGCACAGAUGUACCAGGACGCCAAAUUCGACACACAUCCAGCAGGUAUUGCAGACGAUAUUUGUUUUCUUGUGGAAUUUCUGAAUCCGAACGUAUAUUCAAUCAUUGAGAUUUUGAUGUUCUUGAAGAUACUGAAUGACAACCACUUCUACAACACUCGUGGGCCGGAUGAUCUUUUCACAGCAUCCGUCGUAAUUAGAUAAUCAAAGAGUAAUAGUGGAAGAUGAUGAAUUUUUCUCAAGGUAUGAACGCAAUUGUCGCGGUUGCUGCGUACACUGGGUACGAUAUGGAGGAUGCCAUGAUCAUCAACAAAAUGAGUUUUGACCGUGGAUUUAUGGCGGGCAACGUUUACAAGCAGAAAAUCAUACCUGCGACUCCGGACAAGGACCAGCGAUCAAGGCAACAAGCUGCCAACUGGAUGGUUUCCAAUCUGAACCCAUCCCUGAACAACAAGCCCAUCGUGGAAGACGAGCACAUGAUGCGUGACGGUACGCCGAAGGUGGGCACGAAGCUGCACCAGGGUAUGCCGAUUGCGUGUGUGGUUAACAAAGCGACAGGAGAGCAGGAGAUCCACAAAUACAAGGAUGCCGAUCCGUGCUACAUCGAGAGCGUGUCGCUCAUCGGAGGCGGCAGUUUCUACGGUGGCGGCAUUGAAGACGGACAACAAAAGCUCUCCUUAAAAUUGCGAUUCCCGCGUCGUCCCAUGGUUGGUGAUAAGUUCGCGACGAGACACGGACAAAAAGGUACUUCUGAAAUAGAAGUUCUUAUUCCUGAAGCACGUUGAUGUAUUCAUUGUCUACUAGUAUAGAUAAACUCCGAUUCCGCGGCUGAUGCACCUUAAGAAACAGGGUCUACUUCAUCUAAGUAAUAACUCAAGAACACUUUCUCAUUGUCAUUCUUACUUCAUCUGUCUUUCAGGUGUGAUGGCUACGUUGUGGCCGUCCGAAGAUAUGCCAUUCUCUGCGCGCGGUAUGGUUCCGGACAUUCUGUUCAAUCCCCACGGUUUCCCGUCGCGCAUGACGAUCGGACAGUUGAUUGAGAGUAUGGCUGGAAAAGCUGCUGCUCUGGAGGGCCGCAAAGCCGUGAACGCAACAGCAUUCCGAAAAUAUCGCGGCAAUUUUUGCUACCCUGACGAAAACGAAGAUGAUCCCUUCCUCGAGCGGGACCCUGAGACCCUGUGCGACCCCUCGAAGCAGCCGGCGCCGGCUGAGUAUUUUGGCCGCAUUUUGCACGACAACGGCUUCGACUACUACGGCACAGAAGAACUGUACGACGGCGUGAGCGGAGAACCAAUGAAGACGCACAUCUUCAUGGGUUGCGUCUACUACCAGCGACUGAGGCACAUGGUUGCCGACAAGGCGCAGGUGCGCGCUUUAGGCCCGAUCGAUCCGAUCACGCGACAGCCGGUCAAAGGACGUCAGCGCGGAGGUGGUAUCCGUUUGGGAGAGAUGGAACGCGACGCGCUUGUGGCUCACGGAACGUCUUACUUGUUGCACGAUCGUUUGAUGCGCUGCUCCGAUUACUCUCUCGGUUUCGUGUGCCCAGAGUGCGGCAGCAUCAUUACGCCAGUCCCGAAGCUGACGCAGGGCCAGGGAGCACACACGGGUGGUCCUCAACUCAACGCAGCCGCGGCCGCCGGCAGACGGAGCUGCAUGGUCACCGAAGCCGUCUGCCCGCCGUGCACGCGCAGAAAACGAGAGAGAAUGGCCGAAUCUAGGGAAGAAAUGGGCGAUCCAGAAGUUCGGUGUGUGGCCAAGGACAUCCCCUUUGUGUUCCGACUUUUAUCCGUUGAGUUCGCAGCAAUGGGUAUCAACUUGCAGAUGAAACUCGACAAAAACGAGGAAGAUGUCUAUCUGCCAUCUCCACCUGAGGCAGAUGUUGCAGAAUCCUCUUCAAGCGGUGCAAUGCCAAUAGACGCACCAGAGAAGAAAUACAUAAGUACACGAGACGACUGCUACGACCAAUUUGCAGAUGCGAAGCAUAGGUGGCAAGCCCAAACCACGACAGAAGAAGACACGCUACAACCCAUGCAGGUUGACUCGUGAUGACAGUGAAAUAAAAGAUUUUCAAUGCAUCAAACCAAAACUAAAAGUAAGUUCAUCAUUAAUAUUCGUCUUGUAGCGUCACCACAUCAUCAAUAAGUAAAAAUUGUAUCAAUACGACAUCAAUGAAUUACCCUUCUCUAUGGAAUUGACUAAAAGAGUAUCUUGCAUUGAUGUUGCAGUUCCCCGUACUCUUCCACCAGAGUGAGGCGAGCAACAUCGAUGGAAACAACACGAGCAUCAAUGAUCGUCGUCGGAUUUCUUGAGCAACGCCAUUGCAAAAAUACCACUACUAGCAAAUUGCGAAGUCCGAGAACUUCUCCUGACAGGGAAUUGAAUAU